AUGAGGGAGUUUGAAAAUUUUGAUCAGUUUACUGGAAAAGCGACCACAAAGUUCUCCAACGAGGUUUAUCUGAAGGCUGGAGAUUACCUCAUCAUUACUGCAGACUACGAAACCACUACGGAAAAGGUUGGAGUAAUUACAGGAAAAUUCACUCAGAUCUGGCGCAAAACUUCUGGUUAUUUCUGA